AUGUCUGCAAACAAAGACGAUAGUAAAAAGAGAAAAUUAAAUUCCGAAAUGAAAACUCAAACAGCAGUUGAAUCCAAUGUUGAAGAUGAAUGGAUGUCUGAUGAUGAAAAUCAAGAUAACACGAAUUGUUUCGACUCGUCGGAAGUACCAAUAGAAAGUAAUGUUAUAAAACCAUUUCCGAUUCAAUAUAAAUUGAAAAAGAGGGCACCAACAAAAGGCAACUCGAUAAAACGUAAUGAUAUUUAUGUCUCAAGAAAAUCCAAAUUUCAUGCUCUCUUCUCGAGAGGGAAAACGUUAUUGGAACAAGGAUCAUCUUUUCAUGCAACUAAUAGUAUACAAAUUCAUGGACUAGGUGCAGCAAUUACAACAGCCAUUGAUUUGGCACUAGCUUUACAACAAUAUUUUGGAGGUCCAUCCCAACUCGAUUUUAACAUUACAACUGAAACAGUGCCCUUAGUGGAUGAUUUUUACACAAGAGAUAUGGAUGAAUAUUAUCGAGGAAGUCAAGUACGAUUUAAUUCUGCCAUCCAUAUUGUGUGUACUCGAGUGCCGAGAAAGAAGUAG